UUGGUGGUUCCCUCGCUGUCUGGACCAGGACAGUCCUGUGGUCCGAGCUCCGCAUACCUGUCCCCUGACAUCAGACUGCUGGGGCCAUGUCUCUGUCUGUCCUGCAACCUCUCUCUCCAUCCUGCCCUGCAACCAGAGGUGUAUAAUCCAGGCCUAGCAAUCUGAGCUGCUAGUGUGCAUGUCUGUGUGGGACCCGGGUUCUGAGCAGCAGUAAAACGCCCCGCUACAACUGAUCCUCCGGAGGAGCAUCAGCCGACACCACAUCAGCCCUUCCACCCCUCCGGCAGACUCUGGCACUGGGGACAGGAUGGAGGCGUCAUUUGGCCCCACCUUCUCAGCAGUGGGCUCUGGAGCAAAAGCAGAAGGAUCCAACACCUACAAGCAGCACAGGCGAACUCCCUCCUCCUCCAGCACUCUGACGUACUCCCCGCGUGAUGAUGACGAUGGAAUGCCCCCCAUCGGUACUCCCCGAAGGUCCGACUCGGCCAUCUCAGUCCGAUCUCUUCACUCCGAGUCCAACAUGUCUCUGCGUUCCACCUUCUCUCUGCACGAGGAGGAGGACGACACGGAGCCCCAGGUGUUUGCUGAGCAGCCCUCAGUAAAGCUGUGCUGCCAGCUGUGCUGCAGCGUUUUCAAGGACCCCGUCAUCACCACGUGUGGGCACACGUUCUGCAGACGCUGUGCCUUGACCUCUGACAAGUGCCCAGUGGAUGCAGCCAAGCUCACGGUUGUUGUCAAUAACAUUGCGGUGGCCGAACAGAUCGGAGAGCUGUUCAUCCACUGUAGAUACGGCUGCAGAGCCACACCUGCCGGUGCAGGUGGAGCUGCGGGCGGAGCUGCAGGCGGAGCCGCAGGGGGAGCCGCAGCUCCCGCCGUCACAGUGGCAGGGAAAUCUGGAGCGUACGAAGUGGACCCGUUGGGCUGCCCUUUCACUAUCAAGUUAUCCACACGCAAAGAGCAUGAGGCCAGUUGUGACUACAGGCCAGUGCGCUGCCCAAACAACCCUUCCUGCCCCCCCCUGCUCACCAUGAACCUGGAGGCUCACCUCAAAGAAUGUGAGCACAUCAAAUGUCCACACUCCAAAUAUGGCUGCACGUUCAUAGGGAACCAGGACACGUAUGAAACCCACCUGGAGGUCUGCAAGUUUGAGGGCCUGAAGGAGUUUUUGCAGCAGACUGACGACAGGUUCCAUGAGAUGCAGCUGACUCUGGCCCAGAAAGACCAAGAUAUCGCUUUCCUGCGCUCCAUGUUGGGUAAACUGUCCGAGAAGUUGGAUCAGCUAGAGAAAAACCUGGAGCUUAAAUUUGAUAUGUUGGACGAGAACCAGAGUAAACUCAGCGAGGACCUGAUGGAGUUCCGUAGAGAUGCGUCCAUGCUCAAUGAUGAAUUAUCACACAUCAACGCCAGGCUCAAUAUGGGAAUUCUGGGUUCAUAUGACCCACAGCAGAUCUUCAAGUGUAAGGGAACGUUUGUUGGUCACCAGGGUCCCGUCUGGUGUCUCUGUGUCUACUCCACCGGGGACCUGCUCUUCUCUGGCUCUUCUGAUAAGACCAUUAAGGUGUGGGACACCUGCACUACCUACAAGUGUCAGAAAACACUGGAGGGUCACGACGGCAUCGUGCUGGCUCUGUGUAUCCAGGGAAACCGGCUGUAUAGCGGCUCUGCAGACUGCACCAUCAUCGUGUGGGACAUCCAGACCCUUCAGAAAGUCAACACCAUCCGUGCCCAUGACAACCCUGUGUGCACGCUGGUCUCUUCCCACAACAUGCUAUUCAGCGGCUCCCUUAAGGCCAUCAAGGUGUGGGACAUUGUGGGCACAGAACUGAAGCUGAAGAAGGAGCUGACGGGCCUGAACCACUGGGUGCGAGCGCUGGUGGCCUCCCAGAACCACCUGUACAGCGGCUCCUAUCAGACCAUCAAGAUUUGGGACAUCCGCUCUCUGGAGUGUGUCCACGUCCUGCAGACCAGCGGCGGCAGCGUCUACUCCAUCGCCGUCACCAACCAUCACAUCGUCUGUGGCACCUAUGAAAACCUCAUCCACGUGUGGGAUAUCGAGUCCAAAGAGCAGGUGCGAACCUUGACGGGCCACGUGGGAACCGUGUACGCGUUGGCAGUCAUCUCCACCCCGGACCAGACCAAAGUGUUCAGCGCCUCCUACGACCGCUCCCUCAGGGUGUGGAGCAUGGACAACAUGAUCUGCACCCAGACUCUGCUGAGACAUCAGGGCAGCGUGACGGCGCUGGCCGUGUCCAGAGGACGCCUCUUCUCCGGAGCCGUGGACAGCACCGUCAAGGUGUGGACGUGCUAAACCGUCUCCACUCCGCAGGCGUCCGGCCGACUUCAUGACAUAGUAGCUUCUACACAUCAUUUCCUCCUCUGAAUCUCUUUGAUUGUUACUUAAUUACUCUCCAGUGGCCUCGUCACCAGUGCAUUUCAGGACGGAACGAGACAAGCUGCCUUACAGAUGCACGCGCCCCGGACAGGAGCGCCGUUUCCUCGUAGUCCAAGUCAAAUUAGAGAGGGUUAUUUCUGUCUGCGUCCUUCUGCCAAUCAAGAGCGGUGCUGACGGUGCUGACGGUGCUGACGGUGCUGACGGUGCUGACGGUGCUGACGGUGCUGACGGUGCUGACGGUGCUGACGGUGCUGACGGUGCUGACGGUGCUGACGGUGCUGACGGUGCUGACGGUGCUGACGGUGCUGACGGCGCUGAUGAUGCUCGACUGUUCAAACAAGCAUAAAGGAUGCUCUCUUGAGCUCAGCGCUGCACCCACUCCCCACGCCAGACAUGUUCCUUUGUGGCUUCGUAAAAGCUAUUUACCCACUAAGGAGGAAUCAGUAUUUUGAUUUACUGUAAACUUGAGGAGCGAUUGGACCUGAUCUGGUCCUAAAUUCAUCGUAGUUGUCACAGUUCAGAUUUGUGAAAGCAGCUUUUAUAAAAACACCUUAUAAUAAGUGAAGCCUUUAAUAGAAGGACAUAUCUAAAUAUUUAGUUUUACUAGUGCCACGGCGGGGCUGUAUUCAGAGUUGCUCAACGGUUGUAUAGUUGUGUAAAAUAACAUCUGGUCUGCACGUGCCUGUUAAGAUUUCUAAGCCAACACGUUUCGACGAGUGCCAUGUAUGUGAAGGAUGGCUGUAAUAAGUCUUUUUCUCUCCUUUGUUGUAUCCUCCCCCCGUUCUGACCACGACGAACGUAGCUGGAGACGAUCACGAGCCGAGCAGGCGACCCCGACGCAGAGAGAGAGCCAGCGUAACGUCCUGCUUUACUAAAUCACGUUUGAGGACCCAUAUUGGGUUGAAAUUAUGAACAAAGUGUAAAUAAACCCGGAGAGGGCAGGAGAUGAGAUCAGGGACGGUCGCCCGCUGCGCUGGCUGAACUGAGUUCUUACAGCCGUGAUCACUUCAGUCCAGGCGUCAUGGUAACGUGUACGAAGGCAGACGAAGGGGAGAGAGAGUGUCUUUUACUGGUCACGGUUUCAGUGAUUUCUUGUAUACUUGUAAUCAUGUAAGCUUGAGUUGGUCAUUGAUCAAUAAAACUGUUGUAC